CCACUAGUGUGCGGAAGCUCCUGCCACUCUCCCUGCAGCCACAAAGCACUGGUGCUCACACCAUGAGCUCUGCGGGGAUGGGAGGGGGCCCUCAUGCCCACUGGGGGCCCAUAGCACAACGGAAGCCCCUACAGGCAGGGAGCCAGCAGCUGUGUCUCCAUGGCCACCUGUGGAGGCCCAUCUGCAAGAGCCUAAACUGGACCCCCUAGUGUGCACUGGGACAGAUGACAGAGCCAGCCCCUCUGACUUGGGCAGCAGGAAGGGUGUGCCCCAGUCUGCCGGCUUGCAGAUCCUUGACCACACACCAGCUGUCCUCAGUCCCCCUCCAAGCACUCUCUCACCUCAGCGGGCUGUACUACACCCUGUACUUCCUAGCCACGCUCCUGAUGAUCAUCUAUAAAAGUCAGGUGUUCAGCUAUCCUUGGCACCGCCUGGUCUGCGACCUGACUCUACUCCUGCUGAUGGGAGUCCUGGAAGCAGUUCGGCUAUGCCUGGGCACACAGGGCAACUUGACAGAGGCUGAGGGGCCCCUGGCUGCCAGCCUGGCCCUCACAGUGGGCAGCGGCCUUCUCUCCAUCCACUUUCUGCUCUGGCAGACCCUGGUGCUCUGGGCAGACGCCAUCCUCAGUGCUGGACUCCUGGUGCUCCACGGCCUGGAGGCCGCCCUUCAGGUGGUGGCCAUUGCGGCCUUCGUCAGGUAGACGUCUGGCUCAGCCAGGCGGCAGCCACCUCCUCCGUACCCUGCCAGGUCCCAGCAGUCUCCCGCGCUGCUGAGCGAGCAGGUGUGUCUGUCCUACUGACUUGCCAUAGGCGGCUCUGGGUAGCUCACAGCCAUGGGGUGUGAUGCACAGGGACAUCCACUCAGGCCCUGUAAGUGGGGCCACCAGAGGAGGGAGAAGCCCUGCAGAAGAGAGACUGCCAGAGGGGGGCCCUGCAGUGCACCCCGGAGAAGCAGCCUCCACCUCCGAGCUCCGGCCAGCUGCAGCCCGCCCCUGUGCUUUCUCACACAGUGGUCCUUGACAUGGCACGCUGCCUGCUUCUCUCCGCCACCAGCUCCUCCAGAGCUGCAGGCAGGUGGCCCUGUGUGUGAGUGCCUGUCUGCCUCCCCGCCCCCCCCCCCCCGGGGCCUGGGCAGAAUGGUGGGCUGGGGUUUCCACAGAGAGCAGAGCAAGUGGGCCCAUCAGCUUCAGAUUCUCACCCCAACACUCUCCCUUCCCUGUGGGCACCUCUGAGGUCCAGGGGAGCGAGGCUGUGGGGACAGUGGCCAGUUCAGAGAGCAGCUCCAGUUGUAGGGUCUCUGAGUGAGCUAGGGGACUUCAGCAACAUUGCACUCAGAUAAAAUGAAUGAAUUCCACCCUACCUUUGACUUUUCCAUCUGCAGUUUUACCAUACGUGCUCCCUAAAAAGUAUCUUAGCUAGGCUGGGGUGCAGCUCAGUGAUGGAGCACUUGCCUAGUCUGUGCAAGACCCUGGGUUCCAUCCCAGCACCUUAAAAAAAGGUACACACACACACACACACACUUAGAAAAAAAGGGUUGCCAGUGCUGUGGGGCACACCUGUCAUCCCAGUGACUCAGGCUGAGUUAGGAGGACUGCAAGUUCAAGGCCAGCCUCAUCAACCUAGCAAGACCAUGUCUCCAGAAAUAGAAAGGCUGGGGAUGUAGCUCAGUGGUAGAGUGCUCUGGGUGAAAUCUCAGUAUCACGCAACAAUAACGUAGGGUCUGAGCCGAUUUUCCUAGUAGCUUGCCUUCAUCUGUUGUUUUCUGCAUUUGGAAUAAUGUUAUGUCCCAGUGUCUGGCUUUCUCUUCACUAUUUAUUUAAAGUAAAUAAAUGUUCACAUUUCCA